UCCGAGGCGGGAGGCGCACACGGGCUCCGGGAGCCCUUCCCGAGUCUGAGUCCCCGAGUCCCCGAGUGCCCGAGUCCCCGCGCCCUGCUCCCUGCGCCCCGCGGGAGGGCUGAGCCGGGCGGGCAGGUGCGGAGCGAGCAGAGGGGACCACGGCCGAGGGUGGAAGCAAGUCCUGCGCGCAGAGAGGCGCUGCUGCUCCAGCUGUCGCCGCCGCCGCAGCCGCCGCCACCAAGCCGGCGUCCAGAGCCGGGCUGGCAGGCCGGGCGCGGAGCCGCGAGGGGAGCGAGGGGCGCGCUCAUGGAGCACACGCACGCCCACCUCGUCGCCAACAGCUCGCUGUCCUGGUCCCCCUGCGGCUUGGGCUUCGUGCCCGUGGUCUACUAUAGCCUCUUGCUGUGCCUCGGUUUACCAGCAAAUAUCUUGACAGUGAUCAUCCUCUCGCAGCUGGUGGCCAGAAGGCAGAAGUCCUCCUACAACUAUCUCUUGGCACUUGCUGCUGCUGAUAUCUUGGUCCUCUUCUUCAUCGUGUUUGUGGACUUCCUGUUGGAAGACUUCAUCUUGAACAUGCAGAUGCCUCCGGUCCCUGAUAAGAUCAUAGAAGUGCUGGAAUUCUCAUCCAUCCACACCUCUAUUUGGAUCACAGUUCCAUUAACCAUUGACAGGUAUAUCGCCGUCUGCCACCCGCUCAAAUACCACAUGGUGUCCUACCCAGCCCGUACCAGGAAAGUCAUUGUAAGUGUCUAUGUCACCUGCUUCCUGACCAGCAUCCCCUACUACUGGUGGCCCAACAUCUGGACUGAAGACUACGUCAGCACCUCUGUGCACCACGUCCUCAUCUGGAUUCACUGCUUCACUGUGUACCUGGUACCCUGCUCCAUCUUCUUCAUCUUGAACUCAAUCAUCGUGUACAAGCUCAGGAGGAAGAGCAAUUUUCGCCUCCGCGGCUACUCCACGGGGAAGACCACAGCCAUCCUGUUUGCCAUUACCUCCAUCUUUGCCACGCUCUGGGCCCCCCGCAUCAUCAUGAUUCUCUACCACCUCUAUGGGGCGCCCAUCCAGAACCGCUGGCUGGUGCACAUCAUGUCUGAUGUUGCCAACAUGCUGGCCCUUCUGAACACAGCCAUCAACUUCUUCCUCUACUGCUUUAUCAGCAAGCGGUUCCGCACCAUGGCAGCUGCCACACUCAAGGCCUUCUUCAGGUGCCAGAAGCAGCCUGUACAGUUCUACACCAACCAUAACUUUUCCAUAACAAGCAGCCCCUGGAUCUCGCCGGCGAACUCACACUGUAUCAAGAUGCUGGUGUACCAGUAUGACAAAAAUGGAAAACCUAUAAAAGUAUCCCCAUGACCCCAUAGGUUUGGCACCUAGUGCUUUUGUCAAAUCCAUUUCCAGAUGGGAGGGUGUCCCGUCCCAUGGCUGAACAGCUCUCCUCCGGAGCGAUACCCUGAUUUGCUGUCUCGAUAGACUGGCAACUCUCAGGCUGGUAGAUGAGGAAAGAUGGAAGAGAAGAAAGGAAAGCAUGAAUCUUGUUUUUACUUAUGCAUUUAUUUUUACAAAGUCACGUUGACAACAAAAGUUUCUACCAGUUUGAAGAU